AUGGCGGAUGCCGACGAAGAUGCCCUCAUCCAACCUACCUCCGCACAAGACCAAACCACGCACAUUGACCAGGACCUAUCCGACGAAACCCAAGACUUCCGCUUCCUAAACUCUCUCUCCUUACUGCCGGACCCCAGCCAACCCGCCUCCCUCCCGCGCCGUGGAGAAAAGGACUUCGAACCGAACCCGACACUGCGCCAGGCUGAUGUUCUCGCCGCGUCGCGGGAUGCUAUGCACAAUGCGCUCGCAUAUCCGAGGCUGCAUAACCCGAAAACGCGAGUUGUGGGUAUCUACUGUCCAACCGGAUUACUGAGGCCGGCGCGGAAUCCUACUGGUGGUGGAUCAAGAGCGGAUAAGGAUAAUAGUAGCGAUGAGAAUGUCGCAAAGGAGGGUAAGGAUGUGGGAGUUGAGGAGAGUAAAGAAAAGAAGAAAGAUAAGGAGAGAGAUACAGAACGAUACGCUCCUCCAAGAAAGAAACCACCACCACCCCAUGGGAUUGGCAAUGGUACAUGUGUCUGCGUCCCUAGUCCACGGGGCCAGCACUUCAGAACCGUCGGGCGAUCUGACCAUUGGAAUCGCGUGUGGCUGCUACCGGAGGAAGCGUUGUAUUUGCUGGAACGAGGGAGCUUGGAUAUCCGAUGGCCCGCGCCCGCGGGAGAGCAUGAGCAUGCGGGUGAGGGGAGAGGAAACCGAAGAGAUGAAGAGGUAGAAGAUGUGGAUGGGGGAAUCCCGAUGAGUUUGCAAGGGGCGUAUGCGUGCCUUAUUGGGCGUGGGGGAUUAACCUUAGAGCGGUACAUUGUAUAUGCCGGCCUAAGGAGGGGUGGGUAUACGGUGAUACGGGCACCGAGUUGGGAUGACGGUCCAGUUGAGCAGGCUCUUUCUUCUACGACGAGUGGAAUUGAAACCCAUACCCAUCCUGAAGAGCGCGGCGGCGGAGGAUUAAUCAACCUCCUGUCCCGAUUCUUCAAUUCGAUAUACAAAUCCAUCCCUACAGGAUGUCUGGCCCAUGGGCCUGUUAUCGGGCUAGGUAUACACCGUAACUAUCACGACAUAUACCGCGCCCUCUCCAUAAUCCCCACCCACAACCCGACCCACCCAGACCCCCCUCAACCCCCCCAAACCAACCCACCUUAUCGCCUAGCCUACCACAUCUACAAACCCUCCACCCCCUUCCGCAAAUCCACACCAGGCACCCCGGACUUCCGACUCGCCGUCAUAAACUCGCGCACAAACCCUACCCUCCCCUCCCUGCAAGACUUAUCGGCGCUAUUAGAAAGCACGCCACUGGAUCCGCCACGGGGAGGGAAGAUGGAGCGGCUGAUGUAUAUGCGGCUGCGGCAUGGGUGGCGGAAUGUGAUUUUGGCAGUGGUUGAUCAGGGGGUUGUGAGCUUUUUGAGAGUGGCGGACGCCGGGUUUGUGGGAGUCAGGAUCUAUGAGGAGAAGCAGUGUGGGAGCAGGAAUAAGGUGGGCAGAAGUCGGGGGGCAACUGGGGGUGGGGGGCAGAAGGGGAAUGGAGGGGGUAGGACAUAG